AUGAAUUUGCUGAUAUUUAAUCUUGUGAAAAUUAUCAUUUCUCUGGUGGGACUGGCAGGAAAUUCUGUGGUGCUCUGGCUCCUGGCUUUCUGCAUGCAGAGGAAUGCUUUCUCCGUCUACAUCCUCAACUUGGCAGGAGCUGAUUUUGCCUUUCUAUCCACCCACAUGAUAUUCUCCAUACUAGAUAUUGUGGAAGAUAGCAGACUAGACUCCAGCAACGUGUCCCAAGCUUAUAUUGUAAUGUUUGUCUUUCCAUAUGUUGCAGGCCUGAGCAUUCUCAGUGCCAUUAGUACUGAGCGUUGUCUGUCGGUCCUAAAGCCCAUCUGGUAUCGUUGCCACCGUCCAAAACACAUGUCAUCUGUCAUGUGUGCCUUGCUCUGGGCUCUGUCUCUGCUCCUGACCAUCCUGUACAUGGAGUGCAAUGGCUUAUUGUUUGGAUAUCCUAAUAGAAAUUUUUGUAUGUUAAUUGAUUUCAGCAUUGUCCUGUGGCCGAUUUUCUCCUUUGGGCUUCUGUUUGGGUCCAGCCUGGUGCUGCUGACCAAAUUGCUGUGCAGCUCCCGGAAGAUGAAGCUGACGAGGCUUUAUGUGACCAUCGGGCUCACAGUGCUGGUCUUCCUCCUCUGUGCCCUGCCCUGGGGAAUCAGUUAUAUACUCUUACACUGGAUGCCAACUGUUUCUUACAGAGACAUCAUUAUAGUACAUGCAGUGACAGAUUUAUUGACCUGUGUGAACAGCUGUGCCAAUCCCUUCAUUUACUUCUUUGUUGGCUCUUAUAAACAGCAGAAGAGACAGCAAAGAAGGAGCCUCAGAGUAAUUCUGCAGAGAGCUUUGCAGGAUGUUCCUGAGGAGGAUGGAAGCCAAGGCAGCCCUCCUCAGGAGACCCUGGAGAUGUCAGGAGAUACUCAUAUGACCUAA